AUCGUGUUCUUCUCGCGGACAGCUAAAAGCUACUAUAGAUCCCUACCAUCGCCAGCCCGUAACAUCGACAUCCAUACGGGCGACAGCUGGCACUGCGACACCUUAAGAAGUAGACUCAGACUCUCACACUCGAGCGAAGACACACCGUGUCGCUCUGCGCAGACGUCCUGAGCUUCGCCAGCAGCCCGCUUGCCAGCUCCACACAGGCCAGUCUCCCUCCCUCCAUACUCUCUCCGGCCCUGGCCCACAAUGUACUCGCCGCCGCACCACUCUACUCGGUCUCCACCACCUCUGCAACAUCCCAUCCCCACUCACCCGCCGCGGCAAGUACCCGACCCACCCGGAACACCCACUCCCUCGGCAGCCGUUUCCGGCUCCGCAGACACACACAUGAGCUCUGUCCGUUCCAGGGCAGGUGGGGCAGCUCCUACGGGCCAAGUUUCCUCUACCAUGAGCGCUGGAACGAGCUCUAGCGGGAGCUGUACUUCAGGCCAGGCUCCCUAUGCCAGAUAUAGCAGCCCGCCCAUUCAACCUCAGCAGCCAGACACAGGCUCCAUGGCAAUGGGAGGCGGUGGAGGUGGCAUGGGAUAUGGACAAAGUUUCGGAUCGGCAAUGAAUGACCACUCGGCAUACGGCCAACAGCAGCAUCAGCAAAGCGGAUACGGCAAUCCUCAGCAAUCAUCGUACUAUUCUCAGCAGGCCGGUGGAGCAGGACAACAGCAGCAGAGUCAAUUUGGCGGAUUUGCCAACUUUCUGCCGAGUGAUCCGAAUGUGAACAUGACCGCUCAAAUGGGAAUGCACUUUGGUCAGCAGAUGGCAAGCGUAGGAGGAGAAUACAUGCAGAAGAACAUCUCGACAUAUCUGCCGUCAAUGGCAACUCUGAGACCCUUCUUCAACGUAUCAAAUUCCUACGUCCUUCACAAGCUCCGCGUCAUCCUUUUCCCCUGGCGGCAUAGACCCUGGUCACGAGCUCAUCGGGCGGCAGGAGGUGGAGGUGUAGCAGUGGGAGGAGUUCCACCCAGCGGUGGAGCCGAAGCGGCAGGAGGUACUAUGGAGUGGCAGACGCAGAGGAGAGUCAUCAUGGAAGGAUACGCUCCUCCGAGGGAGGACGUCAAUGCGCCGGACCUGUACAUACCAGUGAUGUCCUUUGUCACCUACGUCCUCCUCAUUUCCGUCAUCCUCGGCCUCUCGAACAAGUUCCGUCCCGAGAUUCUCGGCCUCACAGCCUCUCGCGCCCUAAUCAUCAUCGGCGUCGAGCUCCUGCUAAUCAAGCUAGCCUGCUAUCUCCUAAAUGUUCAAGGAAACCAUUAUGGGAUCUUGGACUUGACUAGCUAUGCAGGAUACAAGUUCGUGCCGGCCUGCGUCACACUGGCUGCUUCAGCGUUGAAGCUGGGAGGACUAGUGUGGUGGAUGAGCUUCGUCUACUCGUUCGCCGCGUUGGCCUUCUUCCUCCUCCGCUCCCUCCGCCACAUCAUCCUCCCCGAUGCAGCCAGCGCCCCAUCUUCCUCUGCAAGCGUAACCACCAUUACCCACGCUCAGCGCAACAAGCGAGUACAGCUCCUAUUCAUCAUUGCUGUACUCCAAUUCUUGCUUGGGGCCGGGUUAUGUUUGAGAGUGACUGGAUAAAGGAGAUUGGGAAGGAGAGAGAGAGAGAAAGGGGUGGAGCUGGCAGAGGGGAGAGAAGAGGCGAGUCGAGAUAGCGCGGGUCGCUCUGGGUUUGAGGUGGCAUGAGAUGGGAUGAGAGAAAAGAAAAAAAGAAGGGCAGCAUAUCAGCGACUACCACAUCCAGGAACUCCCACUGCUUUUCUCCACUCCCCCCUUUGGUAUCACACUAGCGCAUCGUCACGCAAUUCUCACACCUUUUGGC